UUUAUAGGGCAGCAGAUCUGACCAACAGCAGAAGGAGAAACACACAGAGAAAGGGAGGGAGAAUCACCCCAGAAGCACAACAAACAGUUCUACAACCAAAAAUCAUCAUGGCAAGCGAGAGCUAUAAGAAAGAGUUCCUGGACGCCCACAACGCGUACCGGGCCAAACACAAGGUUCCGAGCCUGGCGCUGAACCAGGACCUCUGCGCCUCAGCCCAGGCCUGGGCCGACCACCUGCUGUCCAUCAAAACCCUCCAGCACAGCGGCUGCAAGAACGGCGAGAACCUCUUCUACUCCUGGAGCUCCGCGACCCAAGCGCUGAACGGAAAGGACCCAGUCGACAAAUGGUACAAUGAGGUCAAAGACUACGAUUUCUCAGACCCAGGAUUUCAGUCAAAUACAGGACAUUUCACCCAGGUGGUGUGGAAGGAGACUAAGGAGGCUGGAGUGGGCGUGGCCACCGAUGGGAAGACAGUUUUUGUGGUGGGCCAGUACAGCCCUGCAGGCAACAUGACCAAUGAGGGCUACUUUGAGAACAACGUCCUGCCUGCAGCUUAACAGGCUGUGCAUUUUACAGUUGCCGGAAGCAAAGGGGAGAAGGAGCCCAGUGCUGGUGCCCCAGACCCCUCUACGCACACAAACCCUCUCUGCUCUCUGCUAUAACGCUGGCUGAAGCUUUUGAUCCUCACCUUACUGAUCCGCCUUUCAGAA